AUGUCGACUAAACAGAAGAUUUCUUUAGAGUAUUUAAUAACAUCACAAAUGGAUCCAACUAGUACAAUACCACUUAAUUCAGCUGAGAUUAGAAAUUAUAUUUAUUAUGGUUUUAAAUCAGAUAAGCUAAGACCUAAAUAUUGGAAAAUUCUAUUAGGUUACCAUCCAAAAAAUAAGUUUAAAUCUGAUUCAUUUUAUAUUGUUUAUAGAAAAUCUUAUCAUACUAUUAAAAUACCUGACAAUGAAAGAAUAAAGACAUUAAAAGACCAAUUGUAUAAAGAUAUUGCAAGAACAGAAGUUUUUAAUGAAAAAUACAAUUGUUAUAAAGAGCCAAUAAGGAACAUUUUGCUUAAGUAUAUAGCAACUAACCAAUGUCUUGGGUAUAUACAAGGAAUGAUUAAUUUGGUAAUACCACUUUAUCAUGUGUUGUAUACAAGUGAAGAUUUAGAUGAUAAAAAGUAUGCAUAA